UGCACCGAGGUGCAAUGUAUGGCACGUAUGCGCUCGAGGUGCACGGCCAGGCGCUGCGCCGCCUUGGGCGCCGCCACCGCGUCUACCUCUGCAUCGCCAUCGCAGCGCUCUACUCCCUGGCCAUGGUCGUCCGCAUCGACCGGACGCUGCGCGCUACGUCGCUCGACGUGAGCGCUGGACCGUAUGGCUGCCUGCCCGUUCCGUCGCUCUCGGUGGCCGCCUGUCCGACGCGCUCGGUUAUCGCUAUCGGCGAGCGCGUCGUCAACCGAGCGCCGUACGCUGGCACGACCGUCGCGCUUUGCUACACCAACACGACGAUCGAGCUCACAUUUAGCGCGACGCAGCAAGACACCUUCUUCGUCCAGCCCACGUACGGCCACAACGACAACAUUUGGGAGUACAACGUCAUGGAGACGUUCCUUGCGCUUGGCGACGACGACCCGACCAGCUAUUUUGAGUUUGAGGUCUCGCCGACCAACCAGACGUACAGCGCGUUCAUCUUGAACCCACGCAGAGACUUCAGCCCGCCCGUGGGCCAUUUUUACGUUGGCAAAGACGAAGCCGAGGCGCGGGCGCUCGGGAUCACAGCGACCACCAGUAUGUACGAGACCAACAAGACGUGGACAUCCGACGUGUCGCUGCCACUCAACCUCUUCAACGUGGUCAACCCAAAGGGCUCGGUAUGGCGCAUGAACUUUCUGCGCAAAAUCACGUCGCCGGCAACGUUCCCGCAGCUUGCCUGUGGUGCCUGGAACGCGCCCAACCAAGACAACUUCCACCUGACGUCGUGCUUUGGCCGCGUCCGCUUUGAUUGA